AUGCUUUAUAUCCUUCAGCAACCCGCUGGCGGCCACGACAACCAAGACUACACAGGAUCCACGCUUGACCUGAAACCUCCGGAGCGGGAGCGACCUCCGGCCACGAUCCCGACAGAGGAAGCAAGCAAGCAGUGGGAAACGUCCGCUACAUUGUUCAAGCACGUGAGCAUUGAGGUCAAGUUAGGAGAAGGAUCGUUUGGAGCCGUGUUUAAGGGUCAGAUCAAGGGCGGGGGAAAAUCUAGCAACCGCGUCGUUGCCAUUAAACAACCGCUGGCGAAACCAGGCUGCGUUCAAAAAGUGCAGGAGGAGAUGGACGCCAUAUUUAAUCUAACACCACACCAGAACGUCAUUCGGCUGAUAGGCUACUGCAAGAACCCGGCCACUCUCUUAUCGUACGACCUGAUCAUGGACUACUGUAACAUGGGAGAUCUGAAGUCGUUAUUGGUGGAGACAAGAGUUCCAAAGGACCAGCAGCGCGCCACCGGAGAAACGACCGGCCGACGUGUUUACGCUAAUCUGUACGGCGGGAGUAGCAGCCUCAGCUUCGCACAGCUGCUCAGGUUUUGCCUUCAAGCUGCUGCCGGCAUGCGCCACCUAGCGGCGCAACAGUACCUACAUCGGGACUUGGCAGCGAGGAGUAUACUGGUGAACCAAAGCGGCUCUGAGCUACACUGCAAGCUCACCAACUUUGGUCCGGCGGACAAGGUGAUAGCCUGGCGUCGCAAUGCUGCACAUGACAAGGAUCCCGUUCCUAUACGUUGGAUGGCGGUAGAGUCAUUGCUACGAGGCGAGCACAGCAUCAGAUCUGAUGUGUGGUCAUUCGGAGUGCUUCUCUGGGAGAUUUUUACACUAGGUACUAUACAAACGUGA